GUACCCGUAUUUUGCAGACCACUUCCAGCUGAGCUGUGGGGUAUCCAAUUCUAUCAAGGGAUAGUCAAAACUACUCCCCCGAUUCUCUUUUAUAACCCUUGCGUAUACUUCACCGCUGUGGCACAUCACUUCUGCGACUCUGCGAGCUUCACAAAUCGGCGACCUACGAAGACCAAUCAGCCAACCAACGAACUUCACCUUGGUAUGGAAGACGGUGGCGAAUCCGAAAAACAAAAAAGGUGUAGGAUAAGUUGGAAAAACAUGAAUGUGGUCAAAACUUUUCUUGAGACUUGCAUUCAAGAAAUUUCGAUAAAUGGGCGUGAAGGGAGUAGUCUCAAAGCACUUUCAUGGAAGAAAGUCACUGAGGUUUUAAAAAGUACUCAUAACUUUUCUGUGGAUCGCAAGCAAAUGAAAAAUCAUUAUGAUUAUCUUAAGGGAAAGUAUGGAGCCUGGUUACUACUAAAAAAUAAAACAGGCAAUGUUUACGAUCCGUCUACCAACACCUUUAAUCUUACAUCUGAGGAAUGGGCUAUCGAAAUUAAGAAAAAUAAGUACGUAGAGACUUUGAAGACUACUUCACUUCCAUUCCCCGAACUUUGUGCACAACUCUUUGAUGGAUCUGUUGCUACGGGUGCUGAAGGUUGGGGUCCCAGUGCAGUUGAACCAAUGUCACAUGGACAUACUUCAACAGAAAACACUCCAUCUCAAAGUCCCUUUGUGGUUGAAGAUGAAGAUGAAGUCCAAGGUGGACAAUCUGUGUCAACAUCAAUUGCACAAUGUUCAACCCACAAAAAAGUUAAAAAACUGAAGAAUAAGGGCAAACAAGUCACUUCAGCUAUUGAUGAUGUAAUUUUGAGUGCUAUUCGUAUAGUUGCCGCAAAACAAGCAAAGCCCGAAUCACCUCCAAAAGUGGCACCACCUACAUUUGAUGAUUGCAUCAAUAAGCUCAAAACUCUUGGAUGGGAAGGAGAUGACCCA